GGCAGCGGGACCCGGCGAGCGCGAGCGGCCUCCGAUGCGGCGCAGCGUGAAGAGGCGGCGGCGCCGGCCCCCGGCGGCUCCGGCCCCGGCCGCCCGGGGCGGCGGCGGCGGCGGCGGCGGCGGCUUGGGGGCCGGACUGGAGGCGCGGGAGGAGAAGGUGGUGUACUCGCGGUCGCAACUGUCGCUGGCCGACAGCACCAAGGCGCUGGGCGACGCCUUCAAGCUCUUCAUGCCCCGCAGCACGGAGUUCAUGAGCUCGGACGCGGAGCUCUGGAGCUUCCUCUGCAGCCUCAAGCACCAGUUCUCCCCGCACAUCCUGCGCAGCAAGGACGUCUACGGCUACUCCUCCUGCCGGGCCCUGGUGCCCGACCCCCCGCUGGCCCCGACCACCCGCGGCCCGACGCGCAGGCCGGCGCAGAGCGCGGCGGCCACCAGGAGGAGGCGCCGUGGAGGCCGGGCGGCCGCCGCCCGCAGCAGGAAGCCUAAGCCGUCGCCGUUGCCGUCGCCGCUGCCGCCGCCGCCGCCGCCACCACCGUCGUCGUCGUCGUCGUCGUCGUCGUUGCUGUGGUCGCCGUCGGCGUUGCCGCCGCCGCCGCCCUGUGAGGAGCGCGGCCCCGUCGUCCGGGCCCCGGCGCCCAGCUUCGGGGGCCGCACCCUGGAGGAGAUCUGGAGGGCGGCCACCCCGACGCUCACCACCUUCCCCACCAUCCGCGUCGGCGGCGACGUGUGGAGCGAGCGCAGCCUGGCGGCGGCGCGCCACCGAGCGCGCCAAGUCCUGCGAGUGAACCUGGAACCCGUGGUGAGGCUCCGCCGCUUCCCGGUACCCCGGGCCUGACGGGGCGGGCCGUGCCCCCGCGGUGCCCUCUGACCCCGGGACGGAGCUUCCGCCUUGGAGGGAGAUGGACAAGUGUCAGUCGAGUGUUUACAGAUGCGGCCAGGACACCACCACCACCACCGCCCCCGCCCCCUCCCGCCCCCCUUAGUGCACUUUAAGGGCGAAGAAAGUCACCGGA